AUUAAAACGACUAAUGUUAACGUGCAUUUGUCAUUUAUUAUGUGUCUCAAUUCUUGAAUUUCAAGUUUCAUAAUAAUUGCUACGUUUAAUUGCUAAUUUAAUGUCGGUCAAACUAUUUUUAUACAGAAUUUUGAAUAAUUUUUUAUGCUUGACUGAAAAGGAAUGGAGCUUGAUCCAGGCUUGGUUUGCUAUAGCCAUUGUUCAAAGGGACUGCUCAUUGCGGCCCAGUUGCCAAACGUAUGUCUACACUGCAACUCCCCGUUGCACACAGCCGCUUCCCUCCAAGACACGCCCUACAGGCUGCCGUUCCCCUUCAGGCGCGCCUCGCAGAGUCCGUGUACACUCGUCAUCAAACCUACAAGAGGAGAUUUCCUGCACGACUACGAGAGCGGCGACGAUCUGCACAUCGGCAUAACGGACAGCGAGGGCUGCGUGCACGCAUUCGGUGGUGACGGCCUGCAGAGUGAGACUAGCAACUCUUUUGACGGGUGCCUUGUGGUAAACAUCCUUGAGGAUCCCGAUGAUCCCGUGUGGCAGGAGUACUGGAACACUGCGCUCUCCAGCACCAUUUCUUCUCACGACUGGUCCGAGCAGAGUUACGACGAGUCAACGUACAACUGUUAUUCGUUUGUUAUCGAGUUCCUGCGGACUCUUGAGCCCCCAGCACUGAGUGGCUUCCCGCUGAGCAAAGUUUCGUUUUGUUCUUCAUUUGUUGUGCCGCAGGCUUACGCAGCUGCCCGAUAUAUCGCCCUCUACAGAGCUGUCCAGAAAGAAGGCUGCAUUCCAGUGAAGACUCCAGCUAAGGAAAAAGUAAAUGAAGAAAUUAUAGGACAAAAUAAAGAGUCGUUACAAUGUAUGAAGCCAGUUCCAGAACAGGUCAAGGACGCAGAGAGGCGUCUUCAAGCGCUAAGUUUUAAUCAUGAUGUUGAAAAAGUUCAAUCGGAAAAUCUCGGUAUGCUCAGCUGUCAGGAAAAUAAUUUUUUAAAUCGUCGAUAUGAUGUUGGAUGCAGUGCCUUGAAUCAGGUCGGAAUUAGUAAUUGUCUUGAUGAUUCCGGUGGUGAAUCUGAAAUUGAGAGUAGAGUGAGCCAAGUGAUAGAAGACUUGCUGGAAAAUCGUCGUGUCAUGCAAUCGCGACGAUAUCUAACCCACUACGCCGACGAUAUUAAACAAGAUCUGCGGUCUGUGGUUCCUCCGAAGAGAAGGAGUCCAAAAUCCUUCGUUCCUCAGUCCCAUCUUAAAGAGAUUCCAUCCUCGACUGUUCUAUCUAACACUUCGUCUCAUCUCUCCCCCAAUAUCACUAGCGAAAAUUUCAGAAACAAUUCUCAACCCAACAGCAACAUUCCUUCUUUGCCGAGCAAAAUUUCUCAUUUUUCUAACAAUACCAAAUGUAAUUACGAGAAGAAUACGAAGAAACUCGUACUGAAAAAAAAAUUAUCUAAGACCCUUUACCCUGAAGUAAGUAUUGUUCCCAAGGCUGACGCCGAUCCUCGGCAUUGUAAUGCUGCAGCCGAGUUUAUGCCUGAACCGGUAAUAAAAAUUGAAACUGAUCGUAAUUAUAACUCUCAUGUUAUAUCCAAGCCUCUUCCAAAUUUGCCAUCGACUUCAUCUAUUCCACCAAUGUUGAAAAAAGAAACUAUUUCGCUCCAAGUAAAAGGUGCCAUCACCGAACUGAGAAGUGACGCAAAUUCUAACGGCAAUCAGAUUAACAGAAACGGUAUUUCUGUUCAACACGAAGACUUGUCAGGAGAAAACGUCACGUCUGUGGAAGUCGAAAGUGGAAGUUUCAGUGUCAGUACUCCUGCGAGUAAAGUUGUUGCCUAUAACGACUGGCUCGCAGAGGCACCAGCUUCAGAGCUAUCAGCUGGAGAGUUCGUAUCCAGCAUUGUGCCAGCAGUGCUGGCCACCAGCAAAUGGUCCAGCACUGUUCUCGCUCGACGAUCGUCUCCUGAGAAUGAAAUUUCAUCCGACAGUGACAAAGCAGGCGUACAUGACAUGGCGUAUCAUGUUGAGCCAAAUGACGGAAAACAGCCUGAUGGCAGAUGCAGUAAAUUCGAGGCCAAAACAAUUGGCGCUGCAGCGCAGCACGAUCGCGCCUGCCGAGGUAUAGUCGAACUUUGCUCCAGAUUCGAAAAAAAUACUUUUGAGACAUUCGGCAAACCUAAUCACCUUCCGAAAUCGAGAAAGCCACUGAGAAGGGAGAAAACUUGGAGGUACGGAGAGGAACCUUGUCCUGAGAACUAUGAGGGGAAACUGAUGGGGAAAAUCGAUGUGACUAAAGGCUUCGACUGGGAGGUCUUGGGUCGGCCGAGUACGCUGUCUAUGCCGGGUUACAUUUACGAGGACGGGGUGCUGCCCGAAACGCGUUGCUAAAUUUAAUGUUAUUUCGUUGCAAGUUGUUUUCAAGACAACCGCAAAACAUUUUGAUUUCAAGAUUCUGUUUUUAAAUCAUCUAGGCAAAUUUCUCUGUUCCAUAUCUGAAAAUUCUGAUAUUAUUUCAAAUAGUAAUAAAUUCUGUCAUGUGUAUUCCUGUCUUAUGACUUACAAAACAAUUAAUAUUAUAAAUAAUAUAGCAGUUUGUUCAUAAAUCACGUUAAAGAUUCCCAAUGACUGUACGUGAUUAAUCAAUUACUGUACUUUAUUUUGCCUGUAUUCUAUAAUACCUAAUUAAUUACCGUAUUUUACUUGUUGAUGAACGAUCAUGGUAUCCCCAACGAUCUUUGUUCGAAUAUUUGACCAGGCAAUAAGUCCAGCAGCUAUCUCAAUCAA